AUGUUCUGGGUAGCAAGAAAUGGCGGAUUCGGCACCUUGCUUAACUUGGCAUUGCUCUGCUCGGUAGACGCCUUUUAUAUUCCCGGAUGGUCAGUCAAGAGCUACAAGGAAGAGCAGCAGAUCCCGCUCAUGGUCAACAAGGUCUACUCCGAUAAUACCCAACUCCAGUAUGCCUAUUACGACCUACCUUUUGUCUGUCCGCCAACCGGGCAGCACAGAUCUGCUGCUGGGCUUCUCAGCGGACAAAGUAUCCCACUCAAUCUGGGCGAGAUCCUUCGUGGAGACCGCAUCAUGGCCUCCGACAUUGAGCUUGCCAUGAACAAAGACACGUCGUGCAGCGUCCUCUGCACCAAGGAAAUAUCACACAGUGGUCUCAGACGCGCCAAAGAAUUGGUUCGCGAUGGUUACGUCACUGAAUGGAUUGUUGAUAACUUGCCUGGUGCUACGAGCUUUGUUACCGUGGACAAGACCAAAAAGUACUACGCCGCCGGUUUCAAACUUGGAUAUACUGAUUUCUCCCCAAGCACUGGCAGGGCGCGCUACUAUCUGCAUAACCAUCACACCAUCGUCAUUCGCUAUCGGUCAGCCGCUGGACGAGCUGGUGCCCGGGGCGAAAAGAUCAUUGUCGGAUUCGAGGUCUACCCCAAGAGUAUUGGCAAUGGAAACAGGCGAGACACCAGGGGAUGCCCCGUUGAUCUGCAAAACGUCAACCAGCCUUUUGAGCUCCACAUGACCCCCAACAAAACUCUCGAUGCGGCUACACCCAACUAUGCCGACUCAUCCUACCAGCCUGCUGUUACAGAAGUUGACGAUGACCACGCGGGGGGUACAAUCAGCAUUCCCUACACCUACUCCGUCUACUUCCGAGAAGAUGAUACCAUUGAAUGGUCUCACCGCUGGGAUCUGUAUUUUGUAAACCAGGAAGAGGGCUCGCGUAUUCACUGGCUUGCCAUUGUCAACUCGCUCAUUAUUUGUGGCUUGCUGACCGGUAUUGUCAUGAUUAUUCUUGCCAAGACGAUCCGCACCGAUAUUCGAGGAUGCAAGGACGCCAAGGCCGAGGAUGGAAAACUCCGAUCAAAGCGCAAGAGUCGAUCCGGCAACCGAACGCCCAGGGAGAAGCCUGGUCUGCUCGACCAGGGCGACGAUGCGGAAAAUGAUGCCGACAUCUCGUCCGACGAUGAGGCUUUUGAGGACGUGACCGGAUGGAAGCUCCUGCAUGCUGAUGUGUUUCGAACUCCACGGUUCGGAAAUGUUUUGGCACCGCUUGUGGGCUCUGGCAUGCAACUCAUGUUCAUGGCCGUGGGUUUGGUCCUGCUGAGCGCACUCGGUGUUCUGAACCCCAGUUUCCGUGGCGGCUUCGUCAGUGUGGGUGUCGGCCUUUUCAUCUUCGCCGGCCUUUUUUCCGGCUACUUUUCUGCUCGUGUGUUCAAGAGCUUUGACGGUCGGGAUUACAGAGCAAACGCAUUGGUCACGGCUUCGCUGUUCCCCGGCCUUGCGUUUGGACUUGUCUUCAUUCUGAACCUUUUUGUGUGGGCGCAGGCAUCCAGCACCGCGAUCCCCUUUGGAACCCUGAUUGCCGUCGUGUUGUUGUGGUUGUGCGUCCAGGUGCCUCUGGUGUUGUCAGGGUCCUACUACGGUUAUCUCCGGGCAGGCGCAUGGGUGCAUCCUACCAGAACGGCCGCGAUUCCUCGCCAGGUGCCGCAGCAAGCUUGGUACAUCAGGUCACUGCAGUCAAUCCUGUUGGCCGGGCUUAUUCCGUUUGCCGUCAUCUUCAUCGAGCUUCUGUUUGUUUUCCAGUCCUUGUGGCAAGACAAGAGCGGGUACUACUAUGUAUUCGGAUUCCUGGCGGUUGUGUCAGUGAUCCUGGUGGUGACGAUUGCCGAGGUCACCGUUGUCACCAUUUACAUUCAGCUAUGCUCCGAAAACUACCACUGGUGGUGGCAGUCAUUCUUUGUGGGCGGCGGCAGCGCGUUGUGGGUGUUUGGCUACAGCAUUUGGUAUUACUUGUUCAAGCUGCACAUUACGGGAUUUGUAAGCAGCAUGCUCUUCUUCAGCUACAGCUUCAUGGCUUGCUGUGUGUAUGGGCUUCUGACGGGAACGAUCGGAUUUCUGAGCGCCUAUGCGUUCGUUCGAAGAAUAUACGGUGCUAUCAAAGUCGAUUAG